UUGCUCGGAUGUCACAACGUGGCAGCUCCCAGGUCCUGUUGACGUGUUGCAAAUUGUUCCCCGGCAGCCCGGGUCCCUCGUCGAGCGGGACUGCUAUGCGCCACCUCCUCACCGUCCUCCGGGCUUGCGGGAGUGACCGGGCGGAGCAGCACUCGGAGCUCAGCUAGGCCCCACUCCCAGCUGCAGCAGGCUGACCCCUGCGUGAUGACCCGGCUGCUGGGCUACGUGGACCCCUGGGAGCCCAGCUUUGUGGCUGCCGUCCUCACCAUCGCCUUCAACCCACUCUUCUGGAACGUGGUGGCCAGAUGGGAGCAGAGGACGCGCCGGCUGAGCAGGGCCUUCGGCUCGCCCUACCUGGCCUGCUACACCCUGGGCGGCGCCAUCCUGCUCCUCAACGCCCUGCGCUCGCACUGCUUCACGCAGGCCAUGCUGCGGCAGCCCCGCAUGGAGGCCCUAGACAACGCCGCGGUGCACCGUGCGGGCCUCUCGCUCCUGGGGGUGGGCACCGUGCUGGUGCUGAGCAGCUCCUUCGCCCUGGGCUUCACCGGAACCUUCCUAGGCGAUUACUUCGGGAUCCUGAAGGAGGAGAGGGUGACCACCUUCCCGUUCAGCGUCCUGGACAACCCCAUGUACUGGGGGAGCACGGCCAACUACCUGGGCUGGGCCCUCGUGCACGCUAGCCCCACCGGGCUGCUGCUGACCGCCGUUGUGGCCCUGGCCUACGUGGUCGCCCUCCAGUUCGAGGAACCCUUCACCGCCGAGAUCUACCGGCAGAAGGCCGCCAGGGCCCGCCGGAGGAGCUGACCAGGCCUGUCCGCAGCCGGGGGUUCUGGCACCCUGUGGGCCUUGCCAGUGUCCGGGAAGCUGCGGCCGUGGGGCCCUGGCCAGGCUGCCGGGUGACCACUGGGCCCCACCCUGCCCGCCGCCCCCCCGCCACCUUCAGACUCACCAAUAAAGGCGCCCACACCCCAA